UGAAUCAAACAUAAACUGAAAGAAAAAUAAACAGGAGUAUAACCAGAGGGAUCGAAGAAUGACAGAGAAUGAGGGAAAAGUAAAGCUUCUAGGGUGUUGGGCAAGCCCUUUCAGUCGUAGGGUCGAGAUGGCUCUCAAACGCAAAGGCAUACCAUACGAAUACUUGGAGGAAGCCUUGCCCAACAAGAGCCCUUUGCUUCUUGAGCUUAACCCCAUUCACAAGAAGGUUCCCGUUCUUGUACACAACGAUAAAAUAUUACCCGAGUCACAUCUAAUCCUCGAGUACAUCGACCAAACAUGGAGUAACAAUCCAAUUCUACCUCAAGAUCCUUACGAGAAAGCCAUGGCUCGAUUCUGGGCAAAAUUCAUCGACGAGCAGAUUCUUACUGUAGGAUUCAGGUCUCUAGUAAAAGCAGAGAAGGGGAGAGAGGUCGCUAUUGAAGAAGCUCGAGAAAAGUUUGCGUUUCUUGAGAAGGAAGUCACUGGAAAAGAUUUCUUCGGUGGCAAGACAAUCGGAUUUGUGGACAUGGUCGCAGGAAGUAUAAUCCCGUUUUGUUUGGCUCGUCUUUGGGAAUGUAUGAGAAUAGAUGUGAUUCCAGAGGACGAGUUUCCAGAGCUAAACAGAUGGAUCAAAAAUCUGAAAGAUAUUGAGAGCGUGAGGGAAUGUAUACCUCAUAGAGAGAAACAAAUUGAGCACAUGAUGAAAGUUUCAGAGCGAUACAAAUUGGCCUAGAAGAGAAGAUCAUCUGAAAUGUUUACAAUACAUAUGCUUGCAUGGCUUUGUUCUGUAAACGUUUGAAAUAAAAGUGGAGUGUAGCCAGAGGCGUGCCUACAGUGUAUUGAAAAAGGCAUUCGCCUCAGACCCCCAAUUAAUAUGACUGGUUUUAAGGUUCCAAAAUUUAAAAUAAUUUCUAAUAUAGUGGUUUAGACUUAUUAAAAAAAAAUAUUUCUACGAAAAUUAAUUA